AUUUUCAUUUUCACGUAACUUUUAUGUAAAAUUUGUUCAUACGCAAUAAAUUAAAUUGAAUGAAUUGAAGUAAUAAACUAUCCAUUCAUUAAAUUAAAUUAAUUGUUAAAAUCAACAUCUUUGAUGUCGCAAUGUUCCAGAGGUGGAUAACAUGAGGGGGACGAUAUCAAUUCAAACGCGAGCUUUGUGAUUUCCCGUUCGUGAUCAUCUCUUUCUGGAACGCGUUAAUCUUUGAGUACCUAGAACUGUCAUUAUCUCUAAUCGACAGACGCGACAAGUCGAGGAUUCCGUGUUUUAUCGAUACGACGAUAUCGCCCAAUUUUUCGCAAUUAAUGAAUCCCAUAGCGCGCGAUUAGAAAAUUAAAUUAAAUUACGUCUAUCUACGGAAUGUUAUCGUUACUCGUUAUUUGCAUCGAGAUGACCUUUAUCACGUACGAGACCGAUAGGUGUUUCUCCUCCGCAAAUAUAUAUAUAUAUAAAACCGACCAUUCGUUAAAUGUUUCGAUUCAGUGUUUUGUUUUCUUCGUCUGCAGCACUCUUUUAAAAAUCAUCACAUUCGUGCACCGGUUCCGAUCUGCAGUCAGGUCCGAAAAAAUGAAUAUCCUGAUAAUUGCCGAAUUUUUUAUCCUCAACCAUGUGUUCUACGUGUUGAGCAAACCAUUGAAUCGUACUCAAUUAUUUAGGAACAACUUUGGUUCUAAACUUAAUUAUCAAAACUAUCUACGUGACAUACCGGUGAUGAGAGAUAUCUCUUAUUCACUGGAGGAAUAUUAUGACACGAAAACUGCGGCAAGGGGACUACAGCAGCUGGACAGAGAUAGCAGAAAUAUGAUGCAUAAAUAUCGCAAUCUUUGCGAAACAAUAACGAAAAAAGUGGAGCUUUCCGACGACGAUUACGAGUAUCAACCCUCACAUUAUUAUGAGGUCUACUGUAAGGGCUAUUUGAUGUUGAGCGAAGACGAACGAAUAAUGAAACCAUUGGAACAAAAAUGCGUUUAUCCGGCAUUCCAGUGCGUGCAAAGAAGUCGGCUUUUAUAUUUGGUCAGACGACGUUGGACAAGUGAAUGUUGGGAACCAUAUACAAAGGAAAUCGUCAGUGGUUGUGACUGCAUGUGGCCGGUCACUAACUUUGGCGAGAUAAAUGAAUACUAUUGAUUUAGUCAAGUUGUAUGUUAGCAAAGUUAAUGUGUUGUUAGAUAGUGCAAAUAUAUCGUGAAACUCUGGA